AUUACAGCUAUGAAUUACUUUGUCAUGUAUUGGAAAAAAGUGACAAAGGAAAUAAAAACGAAAAAUAAAAGAAAACAAUUUAAUAGUUUAACAAGUAACACCUCUCGAAUACAAUUCCUGUACUAUUUUUGUGAGAAAAACGUGAAAUACGAUUUGUCUACAUCCGUACCAAAAGAUUUCGAAGGUGCAAAAGCAUUAGAAGAUAAAGGUAACAAACUUUUCAGAACAGGAGAUAAUUCUAAAGCUAUAAAAGUAUACAACGAAGCAAUUAAAAUAUGUCCCCAAGAUAAUUUGAAAAGUUUACAACUUUAUGGAAUUCUCAUUGAAAAACGCAGUUCAGUUUUCUUUGCACAACGUAAAUACCAUAAAGGUUUACAGGAUGUCGCUUUUCUCAAACAAUAUGGCUACCAUCCUAACCUAAAAAUAUUCAAAUCACGAGAAAGAAAGGCUUUGGAAGCUCUGCGUAAAUCCGGAUGUGAAAUUAAUAAUAUUAAUAACAAAUCCAAUGAAAUAAUAAAUGAAGAGAUGACAUGGUACUCAGGAAACAUAACCUAUCCUGCACUGUCAAAUAAACUGACUGUCAAACAAAACGAUGUAAUGGGACGCCAUGUUGUAGCAGUGGAUGAUAUCAAAACAGGAGAAAUCAUUGCUGUUGAAGUUCCUUCCGCUUCUGUUAUAGAAAAUAAAACAAAUUGUGCUCAUUGUGCCAUAUCAACCAAUCAGAUUUAUGCGUGUUUCAAAUGUCAAGAAAUAUAUUGCAGUCUGCAAUGUUUGGAAAAUGCUAAGGUUUAUCAUCAGUAUGAAUGCAGUAUUUCAUCAGCUUUGUUUACUGAUGAUUUAGGUUAUGUUCGAUUGGUAUUAAGGAUGGUUACUCAACGCCCUCUAGCGAAAAUCAUUCAAAAUACAGAUGAUUAUUAUAAUGUUAAUGAAUUAAUACAACAUGCAGAUGAACCAGAGUCUGAGGAGAUGUUACAAGUGACAUUUACAGCUGUGUUUUUGUUAAAACUUUUAAAAACAACAAAUUAUUUCACAUCCAGCACUAGAAACAAAGAAUUAACCAAGGAGGAAAUUAUGAUUGGUGAAUUAUUUUUAAAAUAUUUAAAAAUACUACGUCAUAAUGCUCAUGCGAUUAGGGAAAUGCCGAAUUGCAAGAUGGCGGAGAAUAGUGUUGAGAUUGGUGUUGGGCUUUAUCCAACAAUCGCACUGUUUAAUCAUUCUUGUGAUCCUUCAGUCAUAAAGUACAAUAUUAACAAUUUAAUAGUUUUAAGAAGUAUUAAACCAAUCAAAACUGGUGAUGUAGUUUAUGAUAAUUACGGUCCUGCAUAUUUCAACAUGAGAAAAGACAAACGCAUCAAUUUAUUGAAAAGGUGUUAUAGAUUUACAUGCAAUUGUUCAGCUUGUAUUGAUGACUGGCCUCUUUUUAAAGAAAUCUCCUUAUUUGAUAAUGAUAUUUUAAUUAAACAUUCUAGUAUUUCAUCUGUUGAAGAACAUCUGAAUCUUUUAUUAUUAAAAUUAAACCAAAUGGAGGAUCCGUACCUCAGCGGCCAUUUUGAAUCAGCCCGGAAACUGUACGCUGAAAUACUCGACACACUUCUGUCAUUUUUCACGCCUUUGAAUGUUAACAUUCAUCACAUCAAGCAACGGCUUAAAUAUUGCAUCCAACACAGAGGAAAUAAAAAAAUUGAUUUUUAUGUGUUUUUUCUUUACAUUUCUUUAAGAAAAUUUAAAAAAACAUAA